AUGUCAACAUCAAGUACAGAAAGAACAUCGAGAUUUCGAAGCCCAAUCCACAACCCGCUGCCAGCCUCAUUAUCUAGCGAAUGCAAGAAGGCUGGCAAGAUACUGGAUUCCUUUGUCAGCCCGCAGUUUAUCACCUUGGACUCUGGGAUUCCUCGCAAGGUACUCGCUCGCGCAAAGGGCCUUGUCAUCUUUACAUGCUUUAAAAGCGGAUUCAUCUUUUCCGGCCGAUUUGGAUCCGGGCUUAUUGUCGCUCGUCUUGCGGAUGGGAGCUGGUCUGCUCCGUCCGCCAUUGGAACUUUUGGUGGCGGGAUUGGGGGCCAAGGGGGCCUCGAGUUGACUGAUUUCGUGUUCGUCCUGAACACUGAUGCUGCAGUCAGGGCGAUCACUCAAAGCGGUUCGAUCACCCUUGGUGGUAACGUGUCCCUGGCUCUGGGUCCCGUGGGCCGGAGCGUUGAAGCCAUGGGAGCAAUGGGGAAUAACGGCACGGCGGGGAUGUUCGCAUACUCCAAGACCCGCGGGGUCUUCUGCGGCAUAUCAUUCGAAUUCAGCAUGUUGGGGGAGCGUCCGGAUGCUAACAGGAAGAUGUACAAGCAAAAAGUGACGGCGAAGCAACUGCUCACGGGAGAGAUCGCGCCGCCGUCUGGAGCUGAACCGCUCAUGAGCGUGUUGAAUAGAGAUAUUUUCCGCGCGGAUUCAUCUAUUCAGCUUCCCACAGAACUGCGCUCCGGUGACCUCCAUGCGGAGGCGGCUGAAUUGCCUGCUGAGCCAUCUGACGAGCCGAGUCAAGGAGUCCCUGAACUUGACAAUCAACAGUCGAAUUCCCGGACUGAUGAACCAACCGCAUGAGUUGCCUUCCCACAACCCUCAUGAUAUCCAUCGCGAGCUGGACGGUACUAGGACGUCUCCAAGUAGCCAACCUCAUGAGCCUGUCGAUGGACCUACUUCUUCGGUCCCCAGUGCUGCUUCAAGCUGAUCAGGAUCGUAAUGUGAUACACGUGGUUCAUAUUUUUAUCCUCGCUCCCUUU